CCUCACAUCCAUACGGUUUCUAUGCGAGCAUAUACAGCUUUCCAGAAGCCUUCAGAUUUUUUUAACUAGGUUGUCUCGAUGCAAAUAUUCUGCAAGAAGAAGCUUUAGGAGUGAGAGAGAAAUAAACAAUGCCGAGAGGGAAAAUGGAGUUGUCAGAGACGGAUAUCUUGAUGGAGAAUGGUGCUGACUGUCCAGGGGUCCCACUGGAGCGGUUUGAGUCUCUCAUGGGGAGGAAGAUGUCGGCAGAAGAUCCAUAUGAGAAGACGAGGCAGAUCUUCAGUGCAUUUGAUGUACACUGUCAUGCCUUCUUGAAGCUGGAUGACUUCAAAAGCAUUUUCAAGCGAGUUGCCCCUCAUCUGCUGGUGAGGACUGUGUUAGAGGGUUUCUGCUUGUCUCUGUUGUGCUAA